UUGAGACAGCGAGUCGUCUUGAGCUCCCACAUGGCCACAAGAGCCCAGAGUUGUGAGCAGUAAGGACAGGGACCGAAACAACCGCUCCUUCUUUUCUUAUUUCUACCGGCUUCAGUCCCGUUAGAUGACAGACGCGCUUCAUCCCAUAUUGUUCUCCGGAAUCUAAAAACUAAAACUGGAGGUCGAUUCGGUAGCUUUACUUACACAAAUGAGACAGUUAUCAUUUGCAGCUAUUUAAGAAGUGGAUCCCAGGAGCGUUUACCGAUGUUAUCCACAGUAAUACAGAUACUAUUGCAAAUUAUCUUGGACUGAGGUCACGUAAGGUGUCAGGAAUGCUCCCUGUCCUCCUGUUAGCUGGGUUGAUUUUGGCUCUCUCCAUCCCUGGCACAACAUCUGAGUCGGCCACGCUGCAGUUCCUGGGGCAGACUGACUUUAUUGUCAACGAGAGCAGCACAGCUGUGGUCCGACUGGUAGUGGAGAGAGUGGGAGACCCGGUCAAUGUGACGGCUCUGAUUCUGCUUGAGGGAGUUGACACGGGAGACUUUGAAGCCAUUAAUGCUGCAGCCUUCCUGCUGUCCACCGAGUCCAGUAAGACCAUCUUCAUUGCUGUGAAAGACGAUGACUUGCCUGAAGCCGAUGAGACAUUUACCUUCAACCUUAAACUUCAGAGCUCUUCUAAUGGCGUGACUGUGGGAACACCAAACAAGGCAACGAUCACUAUCCUGUCCAAUGACAAUGCCUUCGGGAUAAUUGCCUUCAACUCAACUGAGGAGGUUGUCGUUGAUGAAUCCCGAGGAAGGAAUUAUUAUGUGCCUUUCACUUUAAUUAGAGAGAAGGGAACAUAUGGAACUGUGACUGUAAACUUUGAGAUUUCUGAUGGCCCCAACCCCGCUGCUGAGGACCUCAGUCCGGACAGAGGGAACAUCACCAUCCCUGUUGGACAGGCUGUGGUGACCUUCAGUGUCCUCGUUCAGGAUGACCAGAUACCAGAGGAUGAUGAAGUGUUUACUGUGAGGCUGACGGGUGUGGCAGGUGGAGCCCUUCUCAGGCCAAAUGCCAGCAGUGUCCAGCUGAGAAUUCGUCGAAAUGACAGCCCUCUGCGGUUCUCCCACUCUGUCCUGGCCGUGCCGGAGUCUGCAGCAGUCAUUGCCCUCAACGUGACCCGUGGCCAAUUGACUGAAGACGGGCCACUCAUCGGCUCUGUUCACACUAAGGUCUCCGUAGAUUACAUGGUGGUGAGUGGUGAAGGACUGGGCAGCGCUACUCCAGCUGUGGACUUCCUCGACCUACAGCCAGUCAGAACACUUACAUUCCCUCCAUUUGUCUACAAAACCAGCCUGCUUUUCAAUAUCAGUGACGAUGAUGUACCAGAAAUUGCAGAAUCUUUCCAUGUAGUCCUGCUGGACGAGACUAUCAGAGGAGACGCUGUACUGGUAUCACCCAACGCUGUGCAGGUGACCAUCGAGCCCAAUGAUAAGCCUCACGGGGUCUUGUCAAUUAGCAGCAGUGCUUUCAGUCAGCCAAUCAGCAUCGAUGAAGAUCUGACAGAGAGAUUUGAUGGCAUCGUUAUUGUGAGAAACGGAGGAAGCUAUGGUGCUGUGUCUGCCAACUGGUCCAUCAGCAGAAACUCCAGUGAUCACUCGCCAGUCUCAGAUGAUUUGUGGCCGGAGGAGGGGACGGUGAAAUUUGCAGCCGGUCAGGUGGCCGCUGUGAUUCCAAUAAACAUUGUGGCAGAUGGUGAACCUGAAGAGGCAGAGCCCUUUGUUCUCAAGCUGCUGCCCAACUCAGUAACUGGAAAUGCAGAAGUGGACGAGCCCAUGGAGAUGGUGUUCCACAUCGAAGACAGUGAUGAUGUCUAUGGGAUUUUUCUGUUUGAUCCAGCCAAAGAACAGAACAUCCAGAGCCAACCCGAAGGCCGAUUCCUUUCGCUAAACUUUGUGAGAGAUGCUGGUAUGCUGGGUAAUGUGUCUCUGGGCUUCACAGCGCUCUACAUCCCUGCAGGUCCAAUAGACCCAGCACUGGCUCGUGACCUGGUUCUGAAUGUUAGCAGGUCCAUUAAUGUGGUGUUUUCCCAUGAGCGGAUGGUCCAUGUCAUACUGCCUAUCAGGAAUGAUGCCUUUUUGCAGAAUGGAGCUCAUUUCUUAAUACAGUUAAACACUCUGGAGCUGAUUGAUAUCAGUCCCAUAAUUCCCUCCAACAGCCCAAGGUUCGGGGGACUUCUAAAUCUGACUCUGACGGUCACCCCGGACAUUGCUAAUGGAGAAAUUGGCUUUACAAGUAACAGCACAGUUGUGCUUUAUGAACCAGAGGACACAAACAAUAGUGUGGUUAGCCUCCCUCUGCGUCGUGAUGGGACAGACGGUCAAGCUGUCGUGUUCUGGAGUCUCCAGCCCACUGGAGCCAGUCGUGGGGAUGUGACUGCUAAUGACCUGCAGCCAUUUAACGGCUCGGUCAUCUUCCUCUCCGGGCAGAGUGAUGCCAUCAUUGAUCUUACUGUCAUGGCUGACAAUAUCCCGGAAGUCAACGAGACCUUACUGCUCACUCUAGAUAGGAGCAACGUGGAGAAUCAGAUCCUGAAGGCUGGCUUCACCAGUAGAGAGAUCGUCAUCAUGGAGAACGACGACCCUGGAGGAGUGUUUGAGUUCUCCCCGUUCUCCAGGGGUCCAUGGGUUAUCAGUGAGGGUGAGGCGGUGGAACUGCACGUGGUCAGAGCUCAGGGACAACUACUGAAACAACUGGUUCGAUACGCUGUGAUGCCUUCAGGCAACAGUGAAUUCUACGGUGCCACAGGCAUCCUGGAGUUUAAACCCGGCGAGCGAGAGGUGGUGGUGGCACUGGUGGCGAGGCCAGAUGGAAUACCUGAGCUGGACGAGACUUUCUCUGUAAUACUUAGUAGCCACAGUACUCCACCCAGUCGUCUAGGCAACCACAGGGGGGUCAACAUCACCGUGCGGAAGAACGACGACCCUUUUGGAGUCAUUGAGUUCAUCCAGUCAGGACUGACAGUGACCAUCAAUGAGAGUAGAGGGGACAUAAUGCACAAGGCGGUCUACCCUGUAGUGAGGGACAGGGGUCACUUUGAAGAAGUGUCAGUUUCAUGGGUCUUGGAGCCAGCCUUUUCCAGCGAUGUCCGCCCCCUCCAGGGGAGCAUCACAUUCAAGGAGGGAGAGUUUUUGAAAAACCUCACUCUCUUCUCUGUGCCUGAUGAGAUCCCAGAGGACAAGGAGAAUUUCACCAUCACACUGUCAAAUGCCACAGGUGGAGCUAGACUGGGAAACAUCCUGAGUGCCAAAUUAUGGAUUGAUAGGAACGAUGACCCCAUUUAUUUUUCUGAACCCGUCACUGUGCAUGUUUGUGAAGGAGCGGUUGCCAACUUCACUGUUCUGAGGUCGGGACAAACUGACUUUGUGACGACAGUGAUGUAUCGAGUUGAGUACGUUGGCGCAUCACCUGAUGACUUCACUCUGUUGACUAAUGACACACUGUUGGUGUUUGAAAUCGGGGAGUGGAUGAAGAACAUCUCUGUGGCUGUUGAAGAUGACGACACACCAGAAACUGAUGAACCUUUCUACAUCGUUCUAUACAAUGCCACAGGUGAUACCGUUGUCUAUGGAGCAGACACGGCUACUGUGGUGAUUGAGGCUAAUGAUGAUGCCAAUGGGAUUUUCUCUUUGGAACCCAAAGAAAAGAAAGUCGAAGAGGGCAAGAACAACAGCUUUUACAUUCUUCGAGCAAGGGGCCACUUUGGUAGCGUAACAGUCUUCUGGCAGCUGUUUGCCAAUGACUCUUUGACUCCUCUUGAAGAAAACCAGGAGUUUGCAAACACAUCCGGCUCCGUUACCUUCAUGACGGGGGAAGAGAUCAAGCCUGUUGUACUGGAGGCCGUCUCAGAUCAACUCCCAGAAUUCAAUGAGUUAUUUGUCCUCAGGCUGGUGAAUAUUUCAGGUGGUUAUCCAGGGGAGGGUGGACAACUAUCUGAGACCUCUCUGAAUGUCUCUGUUCUCAUCCCUUUCAAUGAUGAUCCAUUUGGUGUCUUCACGUUUGCUGACCAUAAUUUGGACCAAGAAGUGGCUGAAGAUGUGCUUUCUAAAGAUGAUACGUCUGAUGUCGCAUCCUUCACUAUUCUUCGACAGCAGGGCGGCUUUGGUGACGUGCGGGUGUCCUGGGAGAUCGUUUCUGGACAUUUCCCACAGGGACUUCCUCUCAUGGAUGAUUUGCUGCUUCUAGCUUCUUUUCCAGAUGAAGUGCAACUCAGGCCUCAUUCUAGGAGACGCCAUUCAGGCACAGACACUUGGUUUUUCUCUGGGCUUCCAGGAGCUCAUGGGACAAUCUCCGCUGAAGAUGCGCCAGCUGCUGUUGGCAAUUUUACGUUCUCUGCUUGGCUGGUACCCAGCCCAAACACUGAUGGCUUCAUAGUGUGCAAAGGAACCCAAAAUGGCACCUUGUAUUAUGGAGUGAAGGUCCACACCAAUGAGUCACAUGUCACAGUGAUGCUGUACUAUACAGUAAUAGGUUCAUAUCACACCCAAGUUGCCCGGGCCACCACUGAGAAGUUUGUGGAAGAUAAUAUGUGGUUACAUGUCAUCGUUACAGUUGAUGAUGGGAUUAUAGCAUUCUUCUUGGAUGGGACCUCUAUUCCUGGGGGUCUGAGGAGCGUCAAAGGAGAAGGCAUCAGUGAUGGACCAGGUUCAGUGUUCAUUGGGUCAGAUCUUGAAGGAGGGCAGCGCUACACUGGGCUCCUGCAGGAUGUCCGUUUGUACCACACCAAGCUGAACCGCAGCCAAAUCCACGAGCUCCACUCCCAGCCUUCUAAAAGUGACCUGCGCAACAUCUCGGGUUACCUACGGUACCGGCAGGACGAGAGGCGGAAGUCAUUUGUGGUGGAGGUUAGGGAUGAUGACGAGGAGGAGGGAGAGGAGGUGUUUUAUCUUCAGCUGGUGGCAGCGCAUGGCGGGGCGCGUCUUCCCUUUCCCAGGCCCACCGCUAUUUUACGAGUCAUGAAGAGUGACAAUGCCAAUGGACUUUUCGGGUUCACUGGUGCCUGCAUACCUGAUACCAGUGAAGAGGGCUCAACCGUCUCUUGUGUGAUUGAACGUAUGCGUGGAUCACUGGAUCAGGUCUAUGUCAACUACACUGUGACCCAACUGGACAGUGACGGACCAGCUCAUGAAGAUUUCGUUAGUGCAUCUGGAGCUGUGCUUUUCAUGCCUGGACAGCGCUCUGAGGUCCUGAACCUGUUAGUGUUGGAUGAUAACCUCCCGGAGCUUGCAGAGUCCUUUCUGGUUACGCUGGUGUCAGCAGAGUCCGGUGAUGGGAAACCAGGAUCCACCCCCACCAGCGGGGCAAGCAUCGACCCCACUAACUCUGUAAACACUGUCACUGUCACAGCGAGUGACCAUCCCUAUGGCUUGCUGGAGUUUCAUCCCAGCCCCCUAGGAGAGGGUUUGAUCUCUCCGACAUUAGAACCCGCCCACAUCACGGUUAAAGAGGAGGAUGGUCAGAUCCGUCUACCAGUUGUCAGGGCCCAAGGCCUUUUGGGAAGGAUCCUGGUCGGAUACAGGACAACCCCCUUUACAGCAUCCAGCCCUGAAGACUAUGAGGACUCAGAGGGAAUGUUGGAUUUUCUUCAAGGGGAGAGGUUAAAGUUCAUUAGUGUGACCAUCGUUGACAAUGCUGUCCCUGAGCUCGAUAAGAUCUUUAGAGUGGAGCUGUACAAUGCUGAUGGUGGAGUGGAUCAUUUUCUGCGUAGUGAAGGGAGUGGUACUGGGGAGACUGAUUAUGAUUUCCUCCCUCCAUCCCAUCACCACCACGCCAGCCUGGGAGUUGCAUCUCGCAUCACAGUCACCAUCGCUGCAUCUGAUGAUGCUCACGGAGUGUUUCAAUUCAAUCCCAAAUCUCUGUCUGUAAAUGGGACAGAACCUGAAGAUGGACACAGCUUUGCUGUCCUGCAGGUGGAUCGGUCCUUUGGUGAUCUCUCCAGUGUGACUGUGUUUUGGGAAACGGAUCCCAGUUCCGAGGGAGAGCUCAUCAGUAGGUUCGGGAACAUCACCUUUGGUCUCGGGCAGAUGUCAGAGAACAUCAUUAUCAAUGUGGCCCAAGAUGAAAUCCCAGAGUUGGACAAGAGUUUCACUGUGUCCCUGGUUAAUGUUUCACAUGGUCGUCUGGGAGCCAACACAUCUGCUACUCUGACAGUUCUCGCCAGUGAUGAUCCUUAUGGGGUGUUUGUAUUUGCCAAUGCAACAAGAUCGGUUCGGCUUCCUGAGGCUGAUGCAACCGUCUCCCUCACCAUCCUGCGACAGAAAGGUUUGAUGGGUCAGGUACGUGUCACGUAUGGGACACUGAAUGAGGCUGACCCGGAGCCUUACAGGACCCCCGGGGUAGGACGAGCCACUGAGGGGCGGGACUUUGUAUCCCUCCUGGAUUCUGUGGUGUUCUUGGCCAAUCAGAGUGAAGCUAACAUCACACUUGGAGUGCUGGAUGACGACGACCCAGAAAGGGAUGAGUCAGUGUUUGUGAAGCUGAUCAGCGUUCAUCUCAUCCAAGGAGAGCAGGAGAGACUCGUCACAAAUUCCCCCUCCCUGGGCCCCAGGACCGAAACUGUAGCCCAAGUGAUAGUGGAGGCCAGCGACGAUGCUUUUGGAGUCCUGCAGCUGUCUGCCUUUGCUGUCAGCGUCGCUGAACACUACGUCGGGCCCAUAAUAAAUGUUACGCGUGUAGGAGGGAUUUUUGCUGAUGUAUCAGUCAAGUUCAGAGCUGUGCCUUUGACCGCCAGAGUUAGUGAAGACUACAGUGUAGCCUCAACUGAUGUGGUCCUCUUAGAGGGGGAAUCCAGUAAAUCUGUACCCGUCUAUGUUAUUAAUGAUGUGGUGCCUGAGCUGGAGGAGACCUUUCUCAUUGAGCUCAUCAAUCAAACGACCGGAGGAGCUCUCCUGGGAGAGCUCACGCGUGCCAUCAUCACCAUACUGCCUUCUGAUGACCCUUUUGGUGCCUUUGUUUUCCAGGCUGUACCAGUUACAGUUGAGGAGCCAGACUCCAACUCCGUUGAGGUCACAUUGCCAAUUGUGCGUAAUGCGGGUACUAUUGGCACGGUAGCGGUCGAAUGGCAGGCUACUGUUGAUGGUAAACUAGCAGCAGCGGAUGUCAGACCCACAUCAGGAGAAGUGAUAUUUGCUCCUGGAGAGACCAUGAAGAUCCUGCGAGUGGAGAUUUUAGCUGACGAUGUACCUGAAAUGACUGAGAUUAUUAAGAUGGAACUAACUGGUACCAGUAAUGGAGGAAGCUUGGGAGCUGAUACGUCUGUUAACAUAAUAGUGCCUGCUAAUGAUAACCCACAUGGAACGGUUUACUUUGAACAGUCUGUUUAUCGUGUUCAGGAGCCCCUGGAGGGAGUUUAUAAAGCAAAUAUCACCAUCCGUAGGAGAGGUGGUCACUUUGGCCACUUGAAGAUCCUGUACAGCACCUCAGAGAUUGACAUUGUUGGCUUGGCUCAAGCUGACAGCCAGGACCUGUUGAUGUACUAUAACCCUCCAAAGCCCGGUGCUCUGGCCACCGCCCCUCUUAUGACUGUUAACAUCACUGGUCAGAAAGAGCCUGUGGCUGCAUGUGCUGCUGCUUGUCUGAGAGAGCGGGCCUGCCAGGCCUUCUCUCUGUCAGACGGUGAGACCGCACCAUCCUGCACGUGGGGGACAUCAGGGGCUGACCAACUCACCUCCAAAUCUCAGGUUUUAACUUAUUUAAAAAACGUCACAGCAGCUGCUGUCUUGUUCAGCACCCAGGCUGUGGCAGGGAGUGAUUACAUCUCCAUGACUGCUCAAAGUGCCUACAUGGAUGACGGGUCAGAGGUCGCCAACCUCACAGCCCUAAUCUUAACUGAUGAAUUCCCUGAAAUGGACGAGAGCUUCUGCAUACAAAUGUUAAAGGUAGAAUUGGUCAAUUUGACUGUGCCUCAGAAGAACCUGCCAUCGAUUGGUCAGCCGGACAAAGCUGUUGUCACUAUAGGAAUAAAUGGAGACGCAUUCGGCGUAUUUUUGAUCUACAGCCUCAGUCCUAACACCACCAAUGAGGGGCUCUAUCUCGAGACUCGAGAAGACCCUGCAGUCGUGGUGCCGUUGGUUAUAGAGAGGAGAGGAGGAAAUCUGGGUACUGUCUCUGUUGAGUGGAGAUUUGUUGGAGGAAAGGCCACGCCAGAUGUUGACUUCACCGGAACUGGAGGAACUCUCAUAUUUGAUGGAGAUCUGAAGAAGACAAUAGAGAUAGUCAUUAGAGAUGAUUCUGAACCAGAAGACAACGAGAGUCUCGUGAUUGGUCUUGUUAACACGGCUGGAGGAAGUCGAAUCCUGCCCAGUUCAGACUCUGUCACUAUCGUGAUACUGGCUAACGAUAAUGUGGCUGGGAUAGUAGGAUUCAGUUCAGCGUCACGUUCUGUCAUUGCCAGGGAAGGCGAGAGGCUGUCCUUACUGGUGUUGCGAACAGCUCCAGGUGUGGGAAAUGUUACAGUGGACUGGACGGUGCAAGGGCCCCUUGCACAACGAACUUUCAGUCAAACUUCAGGAACACUUUUCUUCUCUGAGGGAGAACUAAAUGACACCAUUGUCCUGCAGCUUCUUGAUGAUGCCACACCAGAGGACAAAGAUGAAUACAGAGUUUUAUUGUCCAACAUAAAAACCUUUGGUGUUGUGGUCACAGGCCAUGCCGCGCUGGAUCUUCAAGACAGUGAGGCUGUGCUUACUGUGGACACCAGCGAUGAGCCCUAUGGGCUGCUGAGUGUUGCGCCAUCGUCACUUAAGGUGACCACAGAGGAGCGGAACCAAGUUAUAAACAUUUACAUCAACAGAGAGUUUGGAUCCUCAGGAAUGGUGAAUAUCACGUAUGACAUUACAAGAGGCUCAAUACAAAACCUGUCUACGGUGGAGGGAGGUCUCGCUGAGCCGGGUCAAGACUUCAUCUCAGGCACUGGUACUGUCGUCCUUCAGGAUGGGCAGACCUCCGUUGCCAUCCCUGUCACCAUACUGGAGGAUGACAUUCCAGAGCUGCAGGAAUUCUUCUUGGUCAAUAUAACAUCAGCGGUGCUCAUCACAACCCUCGCUACUGAUCCUCAGCUAGACACCCAAGAUUUGGUUGCAGAAGUCAGCAUUGCUGCUAAUGAUGGAAUUAGAGGGGUGAUUGAAUGGACAAAUACCAUGUUUGAGGUGAAUGAAUCAAUAGGAGCACUGACUCUAGUGGCCUACAGGAAUAAGGGGACGUAUGGAAAUGUCUCUCUUUACUUCUAUGCUCAGAACUUGGAAGCUCAACAGGGAUUGGACUACAAUACCAGUGAAACGGUGCUCCAUUUUGUUGAUGGCGAAAGGCAUAAGUUUGUAGAAGUUCAGAUCAUCGAUGAUGCCAUUCCCGAAGGAGCUGAGAGAUUCCAGCUCAUCCUGUCUGAGCCCUCGGCUGGGCUGGAGCUGGGCAGCAAUACCACAGCAACUGUGAACAUCUUGGCUAAUGAUGAUGGACAUGGUGUCAUCUCAUUUAACGGCAGCGAUCACUUCCUGUUGAGAGAGCCCACCUCUGUGUCAGAGCUGAGUGCCAGUGCGGCCAGCCUGUAUGUGGUUCGGAAUCCCGCGGCAGGAACAUUUGGCAGCGUGUCUGUUCAGUUUACCAUCACAGAUGCCAACGGCAGCCUUGCAGAGGGUGAUCUGAUGCCAAUGCAAGGGUUUUUGGUACUAGAGGAGGGUGUCAGACAUAAGAUGCUGGAGAUCAGAGCUGUUCUCGAUGCUGUACCUGAGGGGAACGAAACCUUCACAGUGACCCUGUCCAACCCAACUGGAGGUGCACGGCUUGGUGACCAACUCCAAAUUCUCAUCACCGUCCUAGAAAACCUGGCUCCUUCUGGGUUGUUUCGAAUUGGACCUACCCUCAACAGAACCAGCGCUAGAAUAUACGCUGAUGAAGGUGGCACAGCGGUCUUCCUCACUGUGUCUCGCAGUGGUGGUCUGGAGUCAGCUGUCAGUGUGGAGUGGGAGAUGCAGUCUCACACAGCAGUUGCCUCUGAGGGUCCGCUCCCAGUGAUGGGCUUGUACCAAAGUUUUGAGGAAAACCCCACAUCUGCUUGGUGCUCCAUUCCCAAAGAGCUUUCCUUCCUGGCCAUGAGGCUGGAUAAGAGGCCAAUGGUUGGAUCCUCCCACACCCUGGCUACUCUGUAUCGAUGGCAAGGUGUUUUUGUACCAGUAGAGACUGUUCAGAUUCAGGACCCGACCUCGUGCACUGGGUUUGCAGUGAAUGGCUCGAUCUACAUAGGCAUAACUCAUGGCGGCCCUCCCUUCUUCCCUGCAACUAACCUCAGCAUCUUCAAACUGCACAAGGACCUCAACAUUACACUGGAACAAACCUUAGGGGUUGAAACUUUGGAUGUGAAACACUUCUUCACUGAAGGCAGAGAUUAUCUGAUAGCAUCAAGCCAGAUUUUUGUUUGGAUCGGCGGCUCCUUUACACUCCACCAAACUCUUAACUUCAAGCAGGACAUCCUCAGUGUAACUCCAUUCACUCGUGCGGAUGUUCCCUACCUGUUGGUUUGCAUUGACAGUCAUACUGAGAGCUGCCAUAUACUUCAAUGGACCAAUGGAGGAUUUCAGAAUUGGCAGCAUCUCCCGCUUACUGGCAGAGCUAGGCAGGUGGAGGCCAUCAACACAAGAACUGAGGAUACUCUCCUGAUGAUUGCUACUGAAGGUCUCUCUCCAUCCUGUGAGGUGUUACGGUGGAGCUCUGGACGGCCUUCACCACAGCUUUCUCAGUCCAUUCCUCACCAAGGCCUCACCUCUGUUCACUCCUUCACUGCUCCUUCGGGGAUCACUUACGUCCUGCUAGCUGGAACAAAUGGUUCGUCACUCUACUCCUGGAGACCUGACGUAAACCUGUUCUCCGUGAUUCUGACGGCCCCUCCAGCCAGCAGCUUCCUAUCCCUCAAGGUCCCCUCGUUCAACACCACAAAGAUCCUCCUGGCCUCCUCUGAGGAGGAUAGCUCCACUGUUUAUGAAUUCACUUCCAUCUCCAAUCAGUCUGAUUUCAUACCCAGUUUUGGGGAGUUGUACUUCGCUCCAGGCGACAGUGAGCUGGAGAUAGCAGUGAACAUCGUAGAUGAUGACAUCCCUGAGUUGGAGGAAUACUUCCAGGUCUGCCUGAAGAAUCCAAAAGGAGGGGCUGAAAUUGGGUUUGGUGGUCAGGUGACAGUUAUCAUCUCCACCAACGAUGAGGCCCACGGAGUCAUCGGCUUUGCUCAGAAUUCACUAUAUGUGGAGGUCGAAGAGUUGGAGCAAAAUAAUCAGAUUUCUUUCACUGUCGAGAGGAAACAAGGGACUUUUGGCAGACUGACUGUUCACUGGGCUGCUAAUGGCAGUUUGGCAGACAUUUACCCCACUUCAGGAGUAGUAACAUUCUCAGAUGGCCAAACAUCAGCCAUUAUUUCAUUGGCUGUGAUCGCAGAUAGUUUCCCAGAGCUCCGGGAGAGUGUCACGAUCACCCUCCUGGACGUCACCACCGUGGGCCUUCAAGACCUACGACACGCUGCAACUGUUGACAAGCAGAGAGCUCGGGCUCUGCUCACCAUCUUACCCAACGGCUCUCCCUACGGUGUGAUCGGAUGGCAUCUGGACUCUCAGUUUACUCUCACACAAGAACCACAGAGGACUCCAGUCAAUGUGACUCUCUCUAUAGUAAGAGAGCAGGGCUCUUUAGGUGAGGUGGCAAUCCAUUACCAGACCAAGCCGGCCCUCCACCAGCCUCCAUCCAACCAGGCCACUGCAGGAGAGGACUACUUAGCUAACGACAACACCAUUAUCAUGAUAAACGGAGCUACUGUGGCCAUUGUGACUGUCACUAUCCUACCGGAUGAUUUCCCAGAGCUGGCAGAGAGUUUCCUGGUAAAUAUAACGGGAGUGGAGUUAGUUCAAGGAUCAGCUGGAGUCGGACAGCCCAAUGUGAAGAGACUUGGUAUGGAAGUGGCAGAGGUCACGAUCCAGGAGAAUGACGAUCCACGAGGGGUCAUUCAGUUUAAUAUUUCUGAGGAUAUUCCUGGAAGUGUGCUGGCCUAUGAAAUACCUCAGCAAGACAAUGUUGUCCAUCUGUCAGUGGUGAGACUUGCUGGUACAAGUGGGAGACUGGUAGUGUACUGGGAGGCUCAGCCAAUCACAGCUGAUCUCAGGGACUUCAGCCCUGUGUCGGGGAACUUAACUUUUCAAGACGGACAGACAAAAGCCACAAUUGACAUCACUAUUCUGGAUGAUGAACAAGUGGAGACAUCAGAGACCUUCAGAGUCAGUUUGCUGCGUGUGAUUGGCGGUGCUCGUCUGGGGCCCACAAACUCUGUAACUGUCAGUAUCCCAUCCAAUGACUCACCUUUUGGGAGAUUUGGAUUUCAGACACUGGAGGCUGUGAUCAGUGAACCAGAGUUUGUGGACGAUCCUGCUGCUGUGGCGACAUUAGCCGUGCUGCGCAGUGCAGGAGGUGAGGGCGCGGUGACGCUGCUGUGGCAGGUGGAAGGCCAGAAUGUAGAUGACCUGACACCUAUUAACGGGACUCUCGUUUUCACUGAGGCUGAAUCUAUGAAGUCAUUUGUGAUUAGAGCCCUUGCUGACAACAUGCUGGAAGGAGAUGAGAAUUUCACCGUACGGUUGUUACCGGCUGACAGCGGAGCAGUCAUUGACCCCUUACAUGCUGUUGUGACCAUCACCAUCAAGGCGGACAAAGCUGCCCUCGGGAUUGUUGGAAUUGCAGAGUCGUCCAAGAACAUCGUUAUCGGAGAACCUCAGAAAGAUUAUGAUGGCACUGCGUUGGUCAGCCUUGUGCGAGGGCCUGGUGUGUUUGGAGACGUGCAGGUAUACUGGAAUAUUACUCCUGCUGUGGUUACCGAGUUUGAAGCAGUUUCUGGUACUGUCAUGCUGAAAGAUGGACAGUCGGUUGCCACCAUUACUCUCAGGGCUCUGGAUGAUGAACUCCCUGAAGAGCGUCGCGAGUACCAGCUUUCACUGACGUCUGCUACUGCAGGACUUGAAAUAAGUCCCAAGACCAAACAUGCCAGGAUUACCAUGGCAGCUAGUGACCGCCCUCAUGGCCUGUUCUCCUUCACCCGCCUCCAGCUCAGAGCCACAGAGGAACAGGGAAGGGUGAAUGUGACGGUGAAUCGCUCAUUUGGCAGUUUGGGAAGUGUAUGGGUGACCUAUGAGACCGCAGGGAGCACGGCUGUCAGUGGGUUGGACUUUGUUCCAGCUUCAGGACGACUGCUGUUUACACCAGGCCAAACCUCACAACAGCUAACUCUGCAUAUCCAGGAUGACAGCCUUCCAGAGGGGCCUGAGAUGUUUUUUGUCAACAUCACUGACGUGGAACUUGUCAAUCUCAGUGCCGUGGACUACACAGUGAGAGAGUCAGGAAUACAGCUGGACCAGCCUCCAGCUGUGGGCAACAUCUCCUCCCUUGGUGUGCUCAUACUUACUAAUGACAAUGCUGAAGGCAUCUUGGAGUUCAUGCAGGACUAUGUUAGCAUUUUAGUUGAGGAGACUGUGGGUACAGUACUUAUUCCAGUGGUGAGGAGAGUGGGCUCUUAUGGACCAGUCUCUGCUCACUUCAUUUCAAGAGGCUUGAGUGCAACCCCUGAUCUGGAUUAUGUCCUGAAUAAUGCUUCAGUGACAUUUGCCAACGGACAAAAUAUAAGUUACAUUAAUGUGACUAUUAUAGAUGACCUUGACAGUGAACAUGCAGAGAUAUUUGAGGUCCUGCUGGUUGGAGCUACAGGAGGAGCUGUUUUAGGCUCCCAGCAUGUUGCAAGGAUAACCAUUGGCAAAAGUGACUCUCCGAACGGCAUGGUCCGUUUUAUAAACGAAAGCCUAAUUACUGUGGCAAACCCUAACUCCACUGUGAAACUCAGUCUUGUUUUGGAGAGAGCAGGAGGCCUUUUGGGAAAUGCGACGGUUGCCUGGAUCAUCCUCGGCCCUAACAGCAGAGAGGUCCUUUCCCCAUUCAAUACUGACAUUAGAGGACCUCUUAAUGGCUCAUUCUUCUUCAGCGAUGGUGAGGAGGGCACAGGCACCAUAGAGCUGCGGAUACUCCCCCAUGGCGAAGUGGAAGUGGAGGAGACAUUUGUUAUUGAACUCAGCAUACUGUCUGGAGAGAUGGAUGUCGAUCCUCAGGCUGGUUCCGUAACACUGAAGAUAGAUAAGUUUGGUGAUCCAAAUGGAAUAGUUCAGUUCACUGACGAUGCCCUUAAAGAACUUGUCAUCAACGAAUCCAGAGAGCAAGAGGGCCCAGUCAACAUUUCCCUGCUGAUAACACGCAGAGAGGGAGUCAUGGGCAACAUCACGGUCCACUGGCAGAUACGAAGUGACUCAGAUUUAACAGGUGAUUUUCUGGCCUUAGAUGGCUCAGUGAAGAUCCUGGAAGGCCAAAGGGAGGCUGAAAUCAUUGUUAGGCUGAUGCCUGACACAGUGCCAGAGCUGGAGGAAAUCUACAUCCUCCAGCUCACAGCUGUGGAGGGCGGCGGCAGUCUCGAUGCCAACCCAAACCUGAUCACAACCCAUAUCAGGGUGCCUGCUAACGAUGAGCCACAUGGUGUGUUUUCCCUGGACUCUGAGCAGCAGUCUAUUGUUGUAGUGGAUUCAGGCUCUCAGGUCACUAGAGCUCUGCUUGUGAAUGUGACUCGACUUGCUGGGCUGUUUGGCAAUGUCAGUGUGGGCUACAGGAUCAGUGGAGGUGUAGAUGAAAUGAUGGACAUGGAAGAGAUCAUGGGAGGACAAGCUGAAGGAAGAGUGUUCAUGAGAGAGGGACAAACUUUCAGUACGAUCACUGUGCCCAUCAGCAGCCAGGUGUUUUUGUCAGUUGGUGCAAGUUUCACAGUAGAGCUCACUGAUGUUAGAUUGGUCACUGCCGUCCAAGGCUCUCUGCCUCGUCUCUUGCACGAGGCCACCGUUGCUACGGUGACUGUACCUGAAGAAGCUGCCAGCUCAGAGGUUGGUUUUGCCUCAGUGGCUCUGCAGGUUGCAGAUGUAGAAACGGGGACAUGUGAGGCAAAGGUGACACGAACCGGGCUUUUUGGGAACAUCAGGGUGCAGUGGAAAGCAGGGUAUCCAUCAGGAGAGGCUCCACCUGGCUUCAGAAUCGGGACUAUCGUCCCAAACUCAGGCUCACUGAACCUUGUCCAUGGAGAAAGGACAAAGACCAUGUCUUUUACAGCUGUGGUUGAUGCUUCAGAGGCGGCAUCCUAUGCCAUACACCUCACUGCUCCCACAUCUGCCACUGCUGCACGUGGUCCUGUCAAACUCAGGUCAGGCUUUACUGUGGCAGAAGUGGAGCCACUUGGUGUCUACCAGUUUGCCCCUGAGUCCCGUCAGCUUGUCAUUGCAGAGGACAUCAUAACUAUAACACUUUAUGUGCAGAGACUGUUUGGCUCUCGCAGCAAUGCAACUCAGUUGUCCUAUGCAACCUUGGAUGGCAGUGCAGAGUCAGGAAAGGACUUUUUUUCGGUUCCCGAUGGCCGUUUGGUCUUUGACUCACCUCACCAAACCAAUGCUUCGUUCCAUCUUUCAAUCCGAGAUGACGCGCUCCCAGAACCCGACGAGUACUUUCAGGUUAACUUAACAGAUGUUCGGACCCUUAUUCCAGACUUACACUGGGCACAUACAGCUCCUCGCCUCAACCCUCAGCACAGUCUGGCCACUGUCACCGUCCUGGCUAACGAUGCUACCGGUGGAGUUCUGAGUAUUGGACCAGUACUAGUCCAAGUACCAGAGGAUCGAGAUGAGGCAACGCAGCAGGAGCGGAGGGUUGUUUUGAGGGUGCGCCUCUCUGAGAGUGUGGCAGGGGCAGUAAGCGUUCGGGUCCAAGCAUAUGGAGAUGGAAGUACAACACCUCCACCUUUCACGCUGGAACCGACUGGAAAGCUCGCGAAAGAAGAGAUGGACUUUCGUUUGGAGUCCACUGUCGUGUUUCUGCAGGCUGGACAGGAUGAAACAGAAGUUACUCUCAUCAUCCUGGAUGACACAGAGCCAGAGGGACUUGAAGUUUUCUACAUCUACCUCAGCGAUCCAGAAGGAGGAGCUCAGAUCACAGACAGUCCUUACCAGGGCUUUGGAGCUUUUGUGAAGAUCACCAUUCUUGGGAGUGACGUCCACAAUGGCUUUAUUGGGUUCAGUCUUAGCUCUCUGAAGGGCCAAGUUCUGGAUGAAGAUUCAGAGAACAGAACUGCUGUUCUCUUCCUGCAGAGACAAGAAAAUAGAGCCUUUGAGGAUUUGCAGGUCUUCUGGAGAGCUACCUUCAGCAAAGAAUCUUUAAGUCUUGUCAGUAAUGGAGUAAACCUAACCACACAGCUUGUGCAGACCUCAGGGACAGCAUUUUGUAGGAGAGGAGAGACCAUCUGUACGCUGACUCUGGAGGUCCUUGAUGAUGAGGAACCAGAGUACCAGGGAUGGUUCCUAGUAGAGAUUUAUCAAGUGGGCGCUGGAGCUGCCAUUAAUGAGACAACUCGUUUUGCCAACGUCACCUUACCAGAGAGUGACAACCCCCGAGGUGUGGUGUACUUUACUGUGGGUCAUCGGCUGCCCGUCGCUACACUGAAGACCACUAGGCUCAGUCUGCAGGUCUACCGAAGAGCGAGCACAACUUCAGAGUUAACUCUGCAUUAUCGCACCGUGGAGCUUCCCAGGGAGGAGAUGGUGGGUCCAUAUGUGAUCUGGCCUGCUAAAGCAGGAAUGGACUUCCCUCAGCAAGAGGGCAUAUUAACAUUUGAUGCGGGGCGUCAGAUCACAUCACUAGACAUUUACCUGACACCGGACCUUGCUUCAUCCUUCCCAACACCAAAGCGCUUCCAGGUGGAGCUUUUCAAUAUCAAAGGAGAAGCCAGUGUUCACUCUGAGUUUGGGCUGGCAAAUGUGACUCUGGUGUCUAAUGCAGCAAGUGAAGCUGUCUGGGUUUUGUUGGACCAACUACAUCAGCCUCUUGACUCAACUAUAUUGAACCAGCUCCUGCAGCGACUCAAAGAUAAGGCCACAUCACCUCUCACUCGUGAACAGAUGACCGCGGUGCUUGAGGCUCUGGGGAAGGUGCUUGCUGAAGCGGAGCGGACACCUUUACGCAACAGUAGUCGUAAUUUGACCUACGACCUAUUGUGUGUCCUGGCCAAUCCCAGCCGAGUGGACACUCGAGGCCUUAGCUACCUCGCUGAAGUGGCAGAGCGAUUUGCAUUCUCCCUGCUGACACAGAUCCAAUGUGAGAUAAAGGGAACUGUGCUGGACACGUGUCCAUAUAUGACCAUCUCUGCCUUCCAGUGGUAUCCCACGCAAAUUAAUGGGCACAAAUUCAGGGGCCAUAACGCGGACUUCUUCCAACUUCCAGAUACACUUCUGCCGGUACCAGCAGGCUUAACUGCCGACUGUGGCAACCUCAGCAGGAUUCAGCUGACCGAGUUCAGACAUGAACACUGGUUUCUUACCAGUGACACAAUCACAGCUGUCAGUGGGAAGGUUUUCUCGGCCGGCCUCCAGGACAGAGGUUCACGACCCCUAGAAGAUGGCAAUGAGGUGUUGUAUCGUAUCCACUCCCCUGGUCAGCGAGUUAAACCAGGAGAGUCUCUGUGCCUUCUCUGGAACCAGACCACUGCGAGCUGGUCAUCAGACAGUCAAUACUGCAGGGUUGUGAAAGAAAGUGGGAAUUAUGUGGAGUGUGCAUGCUCCCACUUGUCUAUCUAUGCAGCCCAUGCUGAGUUUACCAUGCUCGCAUCCUACAAUGAGGCUUUCUAUGCUUCAGGAUUUAUCUGCAUCUCAGGGUUUGCAUUGGCCAUCAUAUCCCACUUGUUGUGCUCCCGUUUCCCCAUGUUCGCUGCCAAACUGCUAAUUCACAUGCUGGUGAGCUGCCUUGGAACUCAGAUAUGUUUCUUGGUGUCAGCCUUCCGUGGCCAGAUGUUUUCAGAGGACAGCUGUGCUGCUCUGGGACUUUUCUCCCAUUAUUUCCAUCUCAGCCAAUUCUUUUGGAUGCUUAUACAGGCGGUGAACUUCUGGCAAGUGCUGGUGAUGAAUGACGAGCAUACAGAACGGCGGUACCUCCUCUACUUUCUCCUGGGCUGGGGACUUCCUGCGCUGGUCAUCAUCGUCCUGGUCGUUGUUUUGCUUGGUGGCUUUGGAUGGACCAUACAUGCUGCGUACGGACUGGUGCAAGGAGACGUAUGCUUUAUCCCAAACAUCUAUGCAGCUCUGUGCACGGCGGUGCUAGUCCCCCUCAUCUGUCUAGUUGCAGUGCUGGUCGUAUUCAUCCAUGCCUACCAGGUUACGGAGCAGUGGAAGGCCUAUGAUGACAUUUACCGCGGACGGACCAACAGCACAGAGGUGCCCCUGGUCCUCUAUCUCUUUCUACUCAUCUCACUCGUGUGGCUGUGGGCAGGACUUCAUAUGGGAUACAGAUACCUGUGGAUGCUCAUCCUCUAUGUCAUCUUUAACUGCCUGCUGGGCCUCUAUGUGUUUGCAGUUUACUUUAUCAUGCACAACCAGCUGUGCUGGCCAACUAAAGCCAGUUACACUGUGGAAAUGAACGGCCACGAUGGUCCUGACUCUGCCUACCAGGGAGGAGGACCCACUGCUGUAGGAGGCGACAUCAGCAAAUCAACUCAGAAUCUUAUCACCGCUAUGGAAGAGGUAUCAGCGGACUGGGAGCGAGCGUCGCUGCGACCCACUCUUCAGCCCACCAGUGGCUUUAAACCAAGUCCUGUGAUGGAGACGUACACCACAGAGGGAAGCUUCAUCAACACCAACCUGGUCACUGCAGAUGAGGAGUCGCAGGAGUUUGAUGACCUCAUAUUUGCCUUAAAAACUGGGACCGGCCUUAAUGUCAGCGAUAAUGACUCCAUUCCUGGAAGCCACGACGGAGGGAGCGUCACCAACUCUCAGAUAGUCGAGCUGAGACGGAUCCCUAUCGCCGACACACACCUCUAACCUUUUCACCUCACACACAUCCCAUCUGCUCUGUUACUUUUAUCAAAAAGAUGAAUUACAAGAUCAUAUUUUUAUAUUGUAAAAUCAUUUGCACUAAAACAGUUUUUUAAAAUAGAUCAUUUUCAUAUAGAUGUUUGAUACUGUAUGUUAUUUUUACUGCACAUCUGUUUGCAUAUACACAAACAUUUUACUGCAUUUGUUUUGUAAAGGUUCUUGAUGGACUUCUUCUGAAUGUAUAUUUUGAUCUCUUGUUGGUUUUUUUGUUUGUUUUUUUUAGUCUGUUCUGUAGAGAUUUAAAGAUAAACUCAUGUGCCCCAUAAGCACAGCAUCUGCU